CCCCGGACGCGCAUCGUACCGGAACACGAAUUUGCGUUCGCCCGCGAAAAACAGGCAGGGCGAUUAAAAGAUUAGAUUAUUCGAUUACUAUCAGUGCUAGGUAAAGCAGCAUCGGUGGGUUCAUUUUAAGUGCAGAGUGUUCAUUUUGAGUCUUAGUAGCUCCUGUGACUACCCUUCUGCUCUACAGUAAAUUACGAUUGAGGCAUCUAAUUAGUACCUAAAAUGGCGCAAAGAGCAUCAGGAGAAAAUCGAAGGAAAAUGUUAUCGUCGCAUAACCAAAAUUUCCACUAUGGUUGGUUAGGUUAACGAACAAACCGCAGUCGUCGGUGCCAAAUUCUCGCGUGCUGUAUGGUGGUGGUGGCCAGGCGGAUGACCACGCAAAAAUGGGUAUUAUCGGCAAACACGGCACCCCAUUUCGUGGGUUGGGAAGCACAAUCCAAAAACACUGCAAAAGGCUCGUAAACGUAAAAGGUGCGGAGCUAUCUUAUCGACGAAGCCCUGGUCCAAGAUCAAUAAAUUAAUCGCAACCCGGGUCCAUAGCGGAUCGAUAACAUAAAGCCUUUUACCGGCAAGUCGAUCAUCGGUGGAGCCGCAAAGAAUGGAAACUGUAGUAGCCAACGAAACUCCACAUUGUGCGCGGGGUCAACAGUACGGAGUCCACCACACCGCAGGGCGGUCGUUUGCCAAAUAGUGUGUCCAUUGGAUCGGUACCGGUGUCCUUAGCUCAUUGGCGAGAACGAGCAGAAGCAGGAAGGGAAGGAAGAAAAAAAGUUUAUCUUGAUCUUCGAUAAUGCCGAACAUUAGACCACUGUCGGCCGAGCUGGCCAAGAAGGCCGCGGACGAGCUGUUCGAGAAACCGGAACGUCUGGACGAAGAUUUGGCAGCGCUGCGGACGUGGCUAUCCAAGUGUCCGCACAUUAAGGCCCGUACCGAUGACCAGUUUCUGAUGAUGUUCCUGCGCGGCUCCAAACACAGCCUGGAGCGUGCGAAGGAGAAGCUGGAUAUGUACUACACUAUCCGAACGGCAUUGCCCGAGCUGAUGCGAAACCGUGAUCCGGAGGAGGAAAGGAUUAAAGAGUUGGUCAAGCUUGGCACUAUGAUACCACUACCGAACACGGUCACACCAGAUGGUCCGAGGAUUAUUUUAGUACGGCCGGGAACGUAUGAUCCCACCAAGUAUACCAUUCAGGAGGUGUUCCGCUACAACACCAUGAUGGCCGAUAUUAUGAUGAAGGAAGACGAUAAUCUGAUUAUAGCCGGACAGAUGGGAAUUCUGGAUCUUUCCGGGGCAACUAUGGCUCACUUCCUGCAGUUUAGUCCAUCGUUCGUGAAGAAGGCUACCAUGUGGAGCCAGGAAGGUUCACCGCUACGCCAGAAGGGUUUCCACUACGUUAACACACCGAGUGGGUUCGAGCUGGUGUACAACAUGUUCAAGAACUUCCUGAACGAAAAGAACCGUUCGCGGUUGUACGUGCACGGGAGCAAUCUGGACUCGUUGUACGAGCACAUUCCAAAGAGCAUGCUGCCGGCUGAGUACGGCGGAGAUGCUGGUCCUAUUCAGGACAUCAUUGACGCUUGGACCAAGAAGGUGCUCAGCUACAAGGAGUACUUCAAGGAAGAGGACAACUAUGGUACGGACGAGAAGAAGCGCCCGGGACGACCGAAAAAUGCCGAUACCCUGUUCGGGCUGGAAGGUUCCUUCCGAAAGCUGGAAGUCGAUUGAGCUUCGC